AUGCGAGAUGCUCAGCUAGCCUCGGCGAAUAAGGAGCGAGUGUCUUCAAAUGUUCUCAAUCAUCCUCGUGCGACCACUGGGGCUUCCGGAAAAGAUGCACCUGUCCUUGACAUUGCUGACAGACUGAUCGCAUUACAGAGGAAGAAUGCGUCAGCGACUAGGCGGGCAGAGAGACCUGCACCUUCUCCUGCUGUGGCGGCCACCGGCAACACAACUCCGAUCCUUGUCGCUGGUCCUUCGACCAUUUCCCCAGCACCCCCACCCUCAUCAUCCCCUUUAGGAAAUACAUAUUCUCCGAGGCGCAAAACCCAACAAUCCUCCCGUCCCGCACGCAAUGUGCCUACCAGCGUAGAUGCAGAUUUUGAUCGUACUUUAGGCAAGACAAAAGCUGCCCCAGUAGCAGGCAAACUCUUCGACCCAGACACAGAUCCCGUGCCUACCCGACUAGCGCAACCACACCUACCGCCCUCGUUAGCAGUUCCGCAGCGACAUCGCGAACCUGAAAUCAUGUCUGAGACUUCGUCCGCGGGUCCAUCUCGGCUGCGCAACGGAAUGCUUCCUGGAGUUGGUGUAUCCCAGCCUUCGCACGGUAACGCUGUCCCGGGCAUCAAUGGCCUUGCUCCCACGAAGCCGAAUAGUCGUUCGCCGCAGUUGCGUCAUGCGCAGCCGCAACACACACAACAGCAGGGACCAUCGCUACUGCAAAGAGGUGCUCCGCCGCCUGGUGCGAAACAGCUGUUUGAUCCCUCUCGAGAUGAUCCUAUGCGCUUCUCCGUGUUGUCGCGACAGCAAGCGUCGCUUUCUUCCGUUCCCCCGAACCUUGGUAUGACGCCAGCAGACUAUGCCUCUGUCUCGUCGACCUCAGACACUCGGUCAUUCCCGUCUUCAGCGUUUACCUUAUCAUCCGUCACCAGUGCCAGCAGCGUAGAUUCAGGUUUGAGUGGGACUCCCAAGAAGGAUGAGCCCGGCAGCGUGAAUCCUUUCGUUGUUGAGCUGAAGCGAGUGUAUAGGGAGAUUUCCGCACUAGAGAAGAAAUUGUUGAGCGAGGAUCCACCUGUCAGGUCUGUCGAGGAAGAAUAUGACAUGUCGAGAGUCCAGGGGCACAGCAUUGCCACCGAGACCGCAGACGAAACUUGGGUUAGGCUAAUCGCGAGUCAUAAAGUACUCGCUGAGGCGCACCAUAAUUUAUUGCUGCUCACUACUAAUGCUAACGUCCCCGCUUCGAUGCAAUCCAUCCCUGACAAGUACAACAUUCCCACUCGGCUGUGGUCUAUCAGUUUCCACCGCCUCAUUGUCGCUCUCCGCCGAGCAUCUCUCACCUCCCCGCGCGCCCUCGAGCACCUUACAUCUUUCAUCUAUUACGCCUACCACCUUUACACCUCUCUUCUCGAAGAGCGCAAUUUGGAGGCCUACAGAGGGAAAUGGCUUGAAGCUCUGGGUGAUCUUGCAAAUUAUCGGCUCUUAGUGGCUGUCCAUGCGGCGAACAUUCCACCUCUUCAGCCUGCUGUUGCGGCUGCCUCAUCAGAAAGAGACGAGAGCAUGGUCGUGUUACCGAUUGACCCCCCAGUCCCAAAGAUUGAUGACUCGCCGAUUCCUUCCGUGGGUGUCCGCGCUGCCGCCGAAUGGGGUGACGAGGACGAGUGUGAUACAUGGAGGCGUACCGCCAGAGAGUGGUACGCGAUGGGCCUGAAGGAUACGCCCGGUGCGGGUAGAUUGCACCAUCACAUCGGGAUGCUCGGUCAGAACGUGAAGGGCGAUGAGCUUAGGACAGUGUACCACUUCGUAAAAAGCUUGAUUGCUAACCAUCCGUUCGAUACGGGCCGCGACGCCAUGCUUGAGUUCUUCUCGCCUUCGAUGCAACAAAACUUAUCGUCUCCUACUUCACCCGCUACAGCACUCUUCCUCCACAUCAUCGGCUUGCUCUUCACGCGAAUUGAUCUGGACCAAGUUCGUCCCAACCUCGGCCGGUUCAUCGAGCGUCUGGAACUCGAUGAGUUCGCUGUGGCGGAGCACGAAUGGAUCACGAUGGCUAUUCUGGGUGUUGGGAGUAUAUUUGAGUUCGGGAGACCAGACGCCAAAGUACGCAAAGCGGGUGGUUUAGCCGGUGGAGAGAAGUCCCAUCCCCAAAAUGGCCAGGUUGCCAGCAAUGCAAGUCAGCCAUCCUCCCAGGGUGUGGGGAACACCGACCCUUCACCUGGUGCUAAUGCGAAUGAUCCCAUAUCCGUUACUGUCUCUUCAUGGGCGGAGCAGGUAGAGGAGGACAAGGUGGCCGAUGCGACGUCGUCUGCUAUUGAUGCGGAUCAGGACCCUUCACAUCUCUCUGCACCCAUGCAAGCCCUCUCCACGGACCCAGCGGAGGAAGAUCCUGCAGAGAAGCAAGCCCAAUUCAUCCUAUCUCUUGCAUUCGAGGUUACUUUCACGAUUCUUAAUUAUAUUCUUUCUAAAAACCCGUACAUGCCUAUCAACCCUUCCUUCCAGCAAUCUCCAAUUCUCAACCCUUACAUCACCGUCAUCCUUACUUUCCUCUCCACUCUCCUCAAAUCCCCUUCCGUAACACAGCUUAUGGAGCGUUACGUCCCAUGGCAAACUCUGUCCGCCCUCUUCACCGCAUCAUUCCAACAAAUCUCCCGUCCCACGCCCUCGUCCUCCCGUGACGCCGGCAAGUUGUCGGCUGGUCAUCUGGUACCUGAAGACUGGUGUCUUCGUGGUAUGGAAUGGGCUGGUCGAAGAGUUUAUGAGCGAGGUUUCUGGAAGAGUAGGUGUCCUAUUCCAAGCAUUCAUGGCGAGAUGGACGUCAUACGCCCUGGCGAGGCGUCUUCAGACGAGCCUACGACUGCCGAGAGUCAGGAUGGGAUUGUGGAGGAUGAAAGGGAGGACGAAAUGGAUUGGGAGGCGUCUCCUGCUCCACCUCAGGCAUUGUCGGCUGCGCGGUGGAAGCGGGUGCGGACGACCGCUGAAGUCCUACUCAAAUUCAUCCCUGGGUUGCAAUGGGACGAUCAAGCCAAGAGCGUUGUUGUACUUGGUGAGCUUGAGGUUAAGAUCUCGAAAUGGGAAGAGGAGAGGAGAGAGGAAGAGAGGGAGGCGCUCGCGCGCUCGAGGGGAUACCGGAACGCGACGUCUUCUCCAGGUGAUAUGGAAGUUGAAGAGGAGCUCGAUAGUGAGGAUGUGGAAGAUGAGAACGACGAGGAUCCAGAGGAUUCUGAACAGGUCAAAGACCUCAAGGCCCGACGUCGCUAUCUCCGUAGGUUAUUGCUACGGUCGUCAGAAAGGCCAGCUCGACCGGCCCCCCAAAAGCGCCAGAGCAAGCCGCCAGCUAGCAGGCCUGCGCUCGAGGCCAUUCCCGGGUAUACUGUACUCGUCAUUGACACCAACAUCCUCCUUUCUUCUCUCUCCGUUGUUGCUAGCCUCGUUCAGUCGAACCGUUGGACCGUUGUUAUUCCUCUGGCUGCCGUCACCGAGCUCGAUGGUCUUUCCAAGAAUAACUCCCCUCUUGGCAAUGCUGCUAAUGACGCUCUGGCUUAUCUCACCAGUGCUGUCCCUGCCAACUCGUCCUCUCUCAAGGUCCAGACAUCCAAGGGCAACUAUCUCCGAACCCUCUCCGUCCGUGCUGAGAAUAUCGAUUUCCACGACGACUCCAACACGGACAAGACCAUGGACGACUUGAUUCUGCGUUCCGCGUCAUGGCAAGCCGAGCAUUUCGUCGACCGCCAGUUAUUCCUUCCCGGGCUCCAAGGUAGCAUUAUGACGCCCACCUCCCGGACUGCAAAGGUUGUGCUUCUAAGCUUUGACCGUAAUUUGCGACUCAAAGCCCGUAGCCGUAGACUGGAUGCUGCGGACGAGAAGGAAAUGGGUGCUAUCCUUGCAUUGAAUGGCUAA